AGGAUAGUCAUGGUUUUGUUCAUUCCCACCACGGUUCAUCUUGCGUGCCUUUACCGAGACUAGUUUAGAGAUCAAUGGAGCUCAGUCGGAGUGAAACCAAUGCAGAAGAUGUGAUAUCUUAAGUCAUAUAAGCAUGAGUCAAAGUCAGGGAUCCUCAUCAACCUGGAGGGGAGGAGGAGGAGGAGGAGGAGGAGGAGGAGCAAGGGGAAGAGGAGCAGGAAGAGGCACAGGAUGGAGGGGACGGGGCAACAAUAGAGGAAACUAUUUCAGCACAUACCAGAGUAAUGGAAGAGGUGGAGGAGGAGGAGGGUGGAGAGGCCAAGAAGGAGGUAACAGAGGUAGAGGUGGAUGGAGAGGAAGAGGAGGAGGAGGCAGGGGCUCAUGGAAUAACAGAGGAAGAGGUGGUGGCUUUGGGAAUAAUGUCUCAAGUAAUGCUACUACUGUUUCCAGCACUCGUCAUAUUGAGAUGGAAAACAUUGCCAAUAGCCUUAUCCCUUAUAAAGGAUGGAGACUCUACUUUACAGACGAGACAUACAGCUCAGAUUCCCCUACAGUGACCAAGAUUGAAACCUUUGAGAUGUUGUUCAGACCAAGGCUACCAAAAUAUGAUAAGACUGAGAUUGAUCAACGAGGAAGCAUUUUGGUGGACUGUAAGGAACUCCUGGAGGAUGAGACGGUAAAGAGUGUUCUACCAACACUCAAAGCUGACAUCAGGGAUAUGCCUCAGAGAAUCAUCAAUUGUCUAGGAGUAGCUUUCCAUCAGGUUUGGACCAAAGAUCUCGAACAGCAGGCAGCAGUUCUACAAGAGCAGGAAAACUCUGAGUCUCAAGGGUCUGUUGAAAUCCCUCCGAUGUUAGUUCAGGUUCCUCUGAUUCAUGCAAGAAUACUCAACUAUGAACCAACCACAGCCUUCAAAAAUUUGAAAGCCAAUUGCUAUGGCAAGUUUGUAUCUGUGAAGGGUACUGUAGUAAGAGUUAGCAACAUUAGGCCUCUGUGCACCAAGAUGGCCUUCCAGUGCAAUACCUGUGGAGAUAUCCAGAUUGUUCAUCUUCCUAAUGGGAAAUACAUUCUACCUACCAAGUGUCUUGCACCAGAGUGCAGAGGGCGCUCUUUUGUACCCAAACAAAAAUCUCCUCUUACGGAGACGGCUGAUUGGCAAACUAUCAAGCUUCAAGAGAUAGUCAUGGAUGAGCAGAGAGAGGCAGGACGUAUACCAAGAACAGUAGAGUGUGAACUCAUGCAUGACCUGGUGGACAAUUGCGUACCAGGAGAUACAGUUACAGUGAGUGGCAUUGUCAAGGUCUCUAAUGUUGAUGAAGGGAAAGGGCGAAACAAGGAUAAAUGCAUGUUCCUGCUGUACAUCCAUGCCAACUCACUGUCCAACCUGAAGAAGAGUAAGAAGGGUAGUGAUGUCAGCGGUGGGAUAGGUGCAGGUGCUGCAGUGGACUUCAGUAUCAAGGAACUCUAUGCCAUCCAGGAGAUACAGAGCCAAGAAAACCUGUUCAAACUCAUUAUAGGAUCGCUGUGUCCUACCAUCUAUGGUCAUGAGUUAGUCAAAGCAGGACUCAUUCUGGGACUGUUAGGAGGCACACACAAGUACACCAAUGAUAAGAAUCGAAUCCCAGUACGAGGGGAUCCACAUAUCCUUGUUGUUGGUGAUCCUGGUUUGGGGAAAAGUCAGAUGUUGCAGGCUGCUUCUAAUGUGGCUCCUAGAGGUGUGUACGUGUGUGGCAACACAACGACUACCUCAGGGUUGACCGUGACUCUGACCAAGGAUGGAUCUUCAGGAGAUUACUCCUUAGAGGCAGGAGCACUGGUUCUAGGUGACCAAGGUUGUUGCUGUAUAGAUGAGUUUGACAAGAUGGGUUCACAGCAUCAAGCUCUCCUGGAGGCCAUGGAGCAGCAAAGCAUAAGUAUUGCCAAGGCUGGUGUGGUGUGUAGUCUUCCAGCCAGGACCUCUAUCCUGGCAGCUGCUAACCCUGUAGGAGGUCACUAUAAUAAAGCUAAGACUGUCUCAGAAAAUCUCAAAAUGAGUGGCCCUCUGUUGUCUAGGUUUGAUCUAGUCUUCAUCUUACUAGACAAGCCUGAUGAGGAAAUGGAUUCUUUGCUCUCUGAACAUGUGAUGGCUCUACAUGCUGGCAAGCAAAAAGCUAUGAGUGGUGUUCGAGUGACGAGGCAUCCCUCGGGGUCCAUCACCACAUCAGAGGACGAGGAUGCUAGACGUCUCUGGGAAUCCGAACGACCCCUUUCUGAGAGACUCAAGGUAGGGCGGGGUGAAGCCUUUGACCCCAUCCCAUCCCAGCUGCUGAGGAAGUACAUCGCUUAUGCCAGGAAGUAUGUCUACCCCAAACUCAUGCCAGAGGCUGCAACUGUGUUACAGAAUUUCUACUUGGAGCUGCGUCGUCAGCACCAGGGUAUGGACAGCACCCCGAUCACCACCAGGCAGCUAGAAUCCUUGAUGCGAUUGACCGAAGCAAGGGCCAGGUUAGAGCUCAGGGAACAGGCUACACUAGCAGAUGCUGAAGAUGUGGUGGAGCUUAUGAAGUUCAGCAUGAUAGAUACCUACUCAGAUCAGUUUGGCUUUCUAGAUUUCCAGAGGUCUCAACACGGAUCCGGCAUGAGCAGUAAAUCUUUAGCAAAGAGGUUUGUUGCUGUUCUAAAUAAAGUUGCUGAGAGGACAUAUAACAACAUCUUCACGAUGCAGCAUCUAAGAGAACUUGCACAGGAAGCGAACAUCCAAGUUCCUGACUUUGAUGGUUUCAUAGCAUCCCUAAACAAUCAGAACUAUCUGCUCAAGAAAGGACCAAGAGUCUUCCAACUCCAAACAGCAUCCUUCUGAGUACCGAUGAACUAUCUGCUCAAGAAAGGACCAAGAGACUUCCAACUCCAAACAGCAUCCUUCUGAGUACCAAUCAAUUGUCUGCUAUAAAGUAUUAGGGAGUGGAAUGUACUCUGUCAUCAAGAGUAGACUUCCAGUCUUUAGUACUGUUUCAUUGAGAGUAUUAGAGAGUGGUCUUUACUAUUCCCUCAAGAUUGGAGCAGGUGUCUUCCUGAAAAUU